GUAUUUUUUCCAGACGCGUUAUCCCCUUUUGCAGUAUCUUCACGUGUUCCAGAAUUUGUUUACAAUUUUCAGUCAACAACUUGUACUUCAAAAAUGAAGCCGUUCGAAGUGCCCCCCUGGGAAAAAGGAGCCGAGAUCAUUGAAUUCAAGUCUAUUGCGCCAACGGGGAAUGGAGUGGCUGCCGCCAAGAAGCCGAAGAAAAAGAAACCAAAGAAGAAUAAGGCCAAACCAGCGGAGGUCACAGCGAAGAAACCUACGAAUGGAAAGUUCAACUACCGGCAGGGGGGUGGUCCUCUGGCCCCACCCCAAGACUCAGCCUCCUCGGACGAUGACGACGUGGAGGACGGCAUCCGGGCCAUGCACAAGGUGAGAACUGGAAGGAUCGAGAAGCAGCGCGCCCCCACACAAGCCACCAAGGGUGGCAAGAAGCAGCUGAACCUGAAGCCCGAGCUGGCCCAGGCGGCUGUGGAGGCGAUGGAGACGGCUCCGUCGCCGGCUGCCUCCACUCCUUCCUCCAGCUCGCUGGCCAGCAAACUGCAGUCGGAGCUGUUGGGUGGACGGUUCCGGUACAUCAACGAGCAGCUCUAUUCGGUGACCAGUCGCAAGGCGGCCGCCCUCUUCCGCCAGGACGCCUCCGCCUUCGAGGCCUACCACGCAGGCUACCGCCAGCAGGUGGAAAAGUGGCCCACCAACCCGCUGAACCGCAUCAUCAAAACCCUCAAACGCCUGCCCAAAACAGCCAUCAUCGGGGACUUCGGCUGCGGCGAGGGCAAGCUGGCCCAGUCGCUGCCCAACAAAGUUUACUCCAUGGACUUGGUGGCAGCCAGGAGCGACAUCAUCGCCUGCAACAUCACCGAGACGCCCCUUCAGGCCCAGUCUCUGGACGUGGCCGUCUACUGCCUGUCACUGAUGGGCACCGACCUGAACGAGUUCUUCCUGGAGGCCAACAGAGUGCUCAAGCUGCACGGCAGCGUCUACAUAGCAGAGAUCCAGUCCAGAUUCGAGGAUGUUCGGGAGUUUGUUCGCUGCCUGGCAGCCUGCGGCUUCGACCUCAUCAAGAAGGACGUGGCUGUGAACUACUUUUACUUCUUCCAGUUCAAGAAGAUGCGGCAUGUGCCCAAGACCACCAAGCUGAAGUCGUUCUCCCUGAAGCCCUGCCUCUACCGGAAGCGAUAAGGUAGCCAGAGUGUAGAUGAAUGGAUAAAAACUGUAUUUCCAUAUCUUAUGGGAAGGAGCGAUUAUCAAAGUACUCGUAGUCAUCGUAAAUCUAAAUAUAAUUGAAAACAAUUGUACAAUGUAAUACCUGUUAGGGGUAUUAAUUAAUUAAAAUGGUUUAAUAAAACCUCCAAUUGAGAAUCAUA